GCGAAUUUUAAAAAAGUUAUAGGUAUUCGGUCUGAGACACGAAACUGAACUGGUCUGAAAAUGCCCAGAAGGAAGCAGUCCAACCCGCAGCCUGUGAAAUUGGAUUCAGAAGAUGGAUUAGGAGUGGAUAAUUCAGGGAGCCUCGUCUUGGAAAGUGAUUUCCUCCUGGGCCAGGACCUGGAGUUUGUGGACAGCGAUGACAAGAUCAUAGGAUUCGAGAAAGAUUCUGAAGAUGCAGUUGCUGAGAUUGUCAUCCCGGUCUAUUCACUGAGCGAUGAUGACUGUUCAAGCUACAACCGGCUUAGCAUGGAGAGUGAUGCUGAGGACCCCAGUUACACAGAGAGUGACCAAGAAGAGAAUUAUCACCACACACUACAGCACUACCUCUCCUGCAAGCAGUGUGGGCAGCUGUUAGACAACGCCAUUGGAGGCCUGGGCCUCUCCACUCCUUACUGCCUGAAAUGUGGGGCGGACAGUGCUGUUGGAGGGGAACCCGAGGAAGCUCACCCUGCCAAGAAAAAGAGCAGCUCCAACCAAAUCAACCGGAAGGUUUACCCCUGCAAGGUGUGCAACUUCUCCUCACACUAUUCCAACCACCUGAAACGACACAUGAAGACGCACAAUGGAGAGAAGCCUUUCAAAUGCCUGCACUGUGACUAUGCAUCAGCACAGCUGGUCAACCUGCAGCGGCACAUGCGCACCCACACAGGGGAAAAACCCUUCAAAUGCAAGUACUGUGCCUUCGUCUGCAACUCCAUGGGCAACCUCAAGAGGCAUGAGCGCAUGCACACACAGGACAAGCCAAACAAGUGCAACCUUUGCGAUUACCGAGCCAGCAACAGCCGCAUCCUCAAGAGACAUAUGAUGGGACAUGAAGUGGAAGAGCCUCCCUUGGAAACUGAAGAUGCAGUUGUCUCAGACCUGACCCUCCAUGUAAACAGCAGCACUGACUUCCUCCAGAGCUAUGCAAGUCUAAAACCAGAGAUGGAUCCCCACAGCCUGCUAGACUCUAGGGAUGUAACAGAGGAAUCGGAGACCCUCCCUGAGCUCCUGUUUCCCUUCACCUGCCGCCUGUGUGGCCUGGUGUUGGAUGAUGGUUUUAUGCAUGAAGAUAACUCAUCCAGUCAGAUCUGUAGCAAGUGUGGUCUUGAGGUGCUUUCCCAGGAGACCCCCAGCAGCCCAGAGAAAACAGAAAAGGUCUUCUCCUGCGCAUUGUGCUCCUUCAUCACACAUUACCCCAACCACCUAGCCCGGCAUAUGAAGACGCAUAGCGGUGAGAAGCCUUACAAGUGCCCACAGUGUGACUACGCCUCUGCCCACUUUGAUAACCUGAAGCGACACCAGCGGGUUCACACGGGUGAGAAACCCUACAAGUGUGAUCUGUGUGACUACGCCUGCGGCAACCUGGCCAACCUGAAGAGGCAUGAGCGCGUCCAUUCUGGCGCGAAGCCCUUCAAGUGCAGCGUCUGCAACUACAGCUGCAACCAGAGCAUGAACCUGAAGCGCCACAUGCUGCGGCACACUGGGGAGAAACCCUUCAAGUGCCAGGAGUGCCCCUACACCACAGGCCACUGGGACAAUUACAAGCGCCACCAAAAGAAACACGGUCACUCCACCGAGGGCUGGACUAAACUACCCCAGACAGAAACAGGGGACGAAUCGUAGUUAGUUUCCUAAAGAGGAGGGCCAGUAAAUGGGUAAUUUAUGCCAAUCUUGGUCUUAGAAUAAAACACAAGGUUCAACACCAUUUUCUUCCAGUUUUUCCUUUGAAGUGUUGCAGAGAGCCAGCAUUCAUUCUGUCUUAUACCUAUCAGUUAGGCAUUGCUUGGUGCAUGUUCUUACUAUUAUAAGUUUUGCCGCCUAUGGAAUAGGUGCUUUUUGAGUCACAGAGGUUUCUAAAAAAGUUAAUUUGGAUGGCAGGGAGUUGCCCAGCGUAGCUCAUGAGCUUUUGUUCUUUUAAUACAUUCUCAAAACAAUUGGUAAAUUGGAAUGUGUGUAUUUUGUUGUUGUUGAUGGAAAGGCCAUGUAAUAAACUUGAAACUUCAAGUCAUCCACAUUGAUUUUUAAAGUGCUUCUAUCAUUUUAUUUUUAUUAUUACUACUUGUGUCAUCAAAAUUUUGUAUAACAAGGACAUUUAUUCAAUUGAAAUGGCUGGGCCUGUUAGUGGGAUUUUUUCUUCAGAUUAAGGUUGCUAAUUUAAAGAGUUGACAAAAUUUGACAUUUUCACAGGAAAAGAGAGUGCUGCCAAUUCACGUUGGUGAGUAAAAAGAUACGGUGGGCUGAUUCCUACUGAAGUCCAGACCAAAGGCUAGGGCAAUGUAUUAGGGAAGGCAAAUAUAACACAAUACUUGUGGACACCCCAUGGAGUUCACUGUUCUAAUCUGAAGGGGAGGCAGUUUCUUUCAAUGUCAUAGAGUUUAUCCUCAGAAUAUAUGAUGAGUGUCAUAUUUCUUAAAUUAUUUUUAUUGUUAAUAUAAUUUAAACAAAUCAUCCUAAUUUUAUUUUUAUAGGAAUAUUGCAGGAUUAAACCUCAAAUAAUGCAUACAACAGAAAACUAAAUGUAAAAUUAAACUUUACCAAUCUGAACAUUUUUAGCUAACAAUAGUAUUGUAAAGCUAACAUUUACCUUUGAAGAGUAUCAGUAUUUACUAAUAACUAGUAUAGUGGUAAUUGUGGAAAACUUCUUCAGAUGUUUUUAUUGAGUAGGAACUAACGUUUUCAAAAUGUAAAAAAAAACAAAAAAAAGACAGAAAUCUUGCAAGUUACAGUUUGGGUGCACGCAUAGGUUUCAUGUUUGGUCAAAAAUGUUUUUAAAUAGCAAGCUGUUGGUUAGGAUAUUUUCUAAUAAUACCAUUACUGAUAAUAAAACAUCUUGUUUGCUAAAACCUUCCAACACUAAUGAAAUUAUGCAAUAUUUUUAUUGAUUGUUGCUAACAACUUAUUUAUUGUACUACUGUUAUUUUCUGUGUGUGAGGCGAGAGUGUAUUAAAUGGAAUGUCCAGACAGUAAUUUAUGUGUACAGAAAUAAAA